AUGGAGGUUACAGGUCUUUCUGCUCAUCUCAACAAUCCUUGUUUACUCCAGGAACUGGUAGAGAAGCUGCCAGCACAAAUAAAACUUAAUUGGGGUAUGUUUAAACAGACUAUUUCUUGUGCCGAUUUGUCGGUGUUCAACGAUUGGAUCGCGAAGUAUGCAGCAGCUGCGUCAGAGGUUACGGUGACAGUUCCUUACUCAUUCGAACAGAAAACAAAUAAAAGGACAAAAGCUAUUAUCAACAUUCAUCAAGAAGAAAAGCCUCAAGAUGAUAAUAAGUGUCCUGCAUGCAAGGGUGAUUGUAAAUCGCUAUCUUCAUGCCAAAAAUUUGUGCAGAUGACUUUGCAAGAUAAAUGGAAGUUGAUUAAAACUGGUUACAUCUGUCGAAUAUGCUUACGCAAACAUGGCAAUCGUCGUUGCAUGUCAUCACAGCUUUGCGGUGUUAAUGGAUGCACCUAUCGACAUAAUUCGCUUCUUCAUAACAGCGAAGUUCAACUGAAAGUCAGAAACAACGGUGAUGUGCGAACAAACCAUCCAACCUCAAACAACAAUGGCGUUCAGAACACCCACUACAGUGGUACAAUCAUUCGUCCAAGUGCUUCUCUUACUCUUUUCAAGAUCGUUCCGGUGAAGUUACACUACAACAACAAAUCUUUAGAUACGUUCGCCUUCAUAGAAGAUGGAUCGUCAGUAACUCUCGUUGAUGAAGAAUUAGCAUUCGCACUCGGUGCCAAUGGUGAAACAGAACCUUUGUGCUUAAGGUGGACUGCAAACACCCAUCGCCGGGAGGACUCAUCCAUGAAGAUUACUUUUGAAAUAUCAGCCCAAGACAGCAAUCAUAAAUACUUGCUCCCAAGUGCACAUACAGUCAAAUCAUUAGAUCUUCCAAGACAGACACUGGACAUAAGCAGCCUGAUGCAACAGUACGCACACCUGAAGGGAUUACCAAUAAAAUCAUAUUGGAAUGCGAAGCCUCAAAUCCUGCUCGGUCUUCAACACUGGCGAUUGGGAAUGCCUCUGAAAAAUAGGGAGGGUGAUGAAUCUCAGCCGGCAGCAAUAAAAACAAGGUUAGGGUGGACUCUUUUUGGUGUUUCAUCGGUUGGUACUGAACUAAAUAAAGAAGUUGAAGCAAAAAUUAACAUUCAUCUUUGUGAAUGUCAAAAUGAGAUGGAUUCACAGAUGCAUGAAACAGUAAAGCAAUAUUUCGCAUUAGAGAGUAUAGGCACUAGGCCUACUAAGCGAAGACUCUCGGACGAAGAUUAUAAAGCAAUGCAACUACUGGAAGAAAAAACUAUUUUCUUGGGUGAUAGUUAUGCCGUUCCGCUGUUGUGGAAAUAUGAGAACAUCCAGUUGCCGGACUCGAAGCCCAUGGCAGAAAAAAGAUUACGCUGUCUCGAAAGACGUCUUCUUCACCAACCUCAACUCGUUGAACGGGUCAAUAAGCAAAUCGAAGAAUAUCUGAAGAAAGGAUACGCAAGGAAGCUAAAUGAUUAUGAGGUGAAUAAUUCAAAGACACGAUCCUGGUAUUUACCUAUAUUUCCGGUCCUGAAUCCAAAUAAGCCUGAUAAGUUGAGGAUUGUCUGGGAUGCGGCGGCGAAAGUCGAAGGGGUAUCUUUGAACUCGUGUUUAAUAACAGGACCAGAUGAUGUACCAUCGCUGCCAUCCGUCUUAUUUCGAUUUCGUGAAAAGAAGAUCGCUAUAACAGGUGACAUACGCGAGAUGUUCCAUCAAGUGAAGAUUCUUGAGGAUGAUAAAAACGCUCAAAGGUUCUUGUGGCGUAAUAUUGAAGACGGAAAUAUUGAGGUGUAUCAGAUGCAGGUUAUGACAUUUGGGUCUACUUGUUCACCUUUUUGCGCCCAAUACAUAAAAAAUAAAAACGCAAAAAAAUUUGAGAUGCAGUUUCCAAGGGCAACAAAGGCGAUCAUUGAAAACCACUAUGUGGACGAUUUGUUAGACAGCGUAGACACCGAAGAAGAGGCAAUAGCCUUGGUAAAAGACGUGAUACACAUCCACAAGCAUGCGGGGUUUGAAAUCAGAAAUUUCGUUUCCAACUCUUCAAACGUUUUAAACGCUCUACAGUCCAAAGCUUCAAAUGCUAACAAAUCCUUUACAAAUUACGCUCAAAAUGACUUUGAAAAGCUCCUAGGUAUGUGGUGGUCUCCAAGCACAGAUAUGUUCGUUUACACAUUCAAGUCAAGCAAAAUGCAGAAUGACGUUAUGAACGGCACACAAAUUCCAACGAAACGAGAGGUACUAAGAGCCCUCAUGUGCGUCUUUGACCCUCUUGGUCUUAUUGCAAACUUCACAAUUCAGCUAAAAAUCAUCCUGCAAGAAAUUUGGCGGUCAGGAAUAGGGUGGGACGAGAAGAUAAAAGAUCGGCAGUUCCAAAAAUGGAAAAUAUGGUUGAGCCUGAUUCCUAAAAUAAAAGACGUAUCAAUUAACAGAAGAUAUCUCACAAAUGUACAUUUUGGAACUGGAAGUCGUGUUGAGUUACAUAUAUUCGUGGACGCGGGUGAAGAAGCUAUUGCCGCGGUAGCCUAUAUCAGAGUUUCCACUCAAAGCGAUGUUGAAUGUUCACUUAUCAGCGCCAAAACGAAGGUAGCUCCAAUAAAGACACUCUCAAUACCUCGGCUAGAGCUAGAAGCGGCCGUGUUAGGAGUACGACUCUCUAAAAUUAUCAAAAAUGGUCACACAGUUCAAUUUGAAAGUUUAACCUUUUGGACAGAUUCCCAAGUCGUUCUCAGUUGGAUAAAAUCCAGCAAAAAAUACAAAAGUUUCGUAGCCGUCCGUAUCGGAGAGAUACUCGAAAGUUCAGAUGCAAGUGAUUGGAAUUGGGUUUCCAGCAAAGACAACGUCGCCGACGAUGCCUCAAAAUAUAAAAGCAACUAUGAUUUCAGCUCUUCAGGCAGAUGGUUUACGGCACCGGAGUUCCUGUACCAAAACCCAUUUCCUCUAUCAGAAAAAUUCUCUGAAGACCUUACAUCUGAAAAAGGCAAUGAAGAGGUUAAGGAAUGUUUUCUUCACUUCGAAAAGCCAUCUGCAUCAGUAUUAGACUUCAACCGUUUUUCGAGAUGGAAAAGCCUUCUAAAGACACAAAUAUUUAUCUAUCGAUAUGUCAAACUAUUUGUCCUUAAAUGGCGAAAACCUUGCAGACCAUCAGUAUUCCAACUAGACGAGAAGGAAGCAGCUAAGAUUCUCCUCUACAAACAAGCUCAGAAAGACAGCUUUCCAAUCGAGUAUGAAGCCCUAGCUAUCGCAACAAGUUCCGGGAAUGAGGUCAACAUUGGCAAAACCAGUCCGCUCUAUACUCUCUCUCCAUACUUAGACGAAAAUGGACUUAUUCGUAUUGCGGGAAGAAUCGAUGCGAUAAAAAAUGUACCAUCGGAAACUAAAAGACCGAUCAUUCUACCGAAGGAUCAUCAAGUCACCUACCUGAUCGUAAACGAAUUUCAUAUAAAAUUUUGUCAUCUUUUUAACGAAACCGUGGUGAACGAGCUUAGACAGUAUUACUUCAUUCCCAGCUUGAGACGUGUUCUAAAAAAAGUUCAAAGAGGUUGCCAGCACUGCAAAAACAACAGAGCCGCGCCGCAGCCCCCACGCAUGGCAGAACUACCACCCGCUCGACUUCAACCAUUCCAAAGACCAUUCUCAUACACAGGAGUGGAUUACUUCGGGCCACUCUUUGUUAAAAUCGGAAGGCGCCUAGACAAGAGAUGGGGUAUGUUACUUACUUGCCUAACUCUACGAGCAAUCCACAUCGAGAUUGUCCACAGCCUUUCCAGUGAUUCUUGCAUAUUGGCUUUUAAGCGGUUUAUCUCAAGAAGAGGUAUGCCAAAAGAAGUAUACUCCGACAAUGGAACAAAUUUUCGAGGUGCCAGUAAAGAGUUGCAGCAGGCCAUAAGAGACUUAAACAAACAUGCAGUAGCCAAAGAAUUUGAAUUGGAUCUGAAGUGGAACUUCAUUCCGCCAGCAGCACCCCACAUGGGUGGGUGUUGGGAACGCAUGGUUAGAUCUGUUAAACAAACCCUUACUGAAAUAUCGCCAACUCGCAAUCCUUGCGACGAACUAUUAGUGAGUAUGAUGGCGGAGGUAGAGAGCAUUGUGAAUUCGCGACCCCUUACCUAUGUACCAAUUGAUUUUGAAAGUAGUGAAGCACUUACCCCCAAUCAUUUAUUGAUCGGUUGUUCUAAUCAAGAACGACUCCACGCAGAGCCAAUACGUGACGGAGCAGCUAUCAGAAGAAAUUGGAUAGCCGCUGAAAAGUACGCACAAUCAUUUUGGCAAAGAUGGCUUCGCGAAUACUUACCCGAUUUGACCCGACGGACAAAAUGGUUUAAACCACAGAGGCAGUUGCAAGAAGGAGAUAUUGUAGUUAUCGUAGACUACAACAGUCCAAGAAAAACCUGGCCAAAGGGUAAGAUUCUUAAAGUGAUACCUGGAAAAGAUGAUACUGUUCGGAGCGCAAUUGUACAAACCCAAACAGGGAUUUAUACUCGCCCAGCUGUUAAGCUUGCAGUCCUUGAGGUUCACCAGUUCGAUGGAAGUGGUAAGCUGGAUCCUAACCCAGUUACCGGGGGGGAGUGUUAA